AUGCCAGGGCAGAUUCCUGCUUUGGCAGAUGCGCUGACACCAGCACCAAGUUCCUUGUCUUUCUCACUUGAAGACUCUCUCCACCGACAACUCUGUUUCGUCUCCAAAAACUCCGAUUUGGAAAUGGCGCCAAUUGAACUGAUCGACACCAUGACCGGCAUGCUUCUUUACCGACCGCCUCGCGUCUCCACACAUCAUUCAAGCAAAGCCGGGGAUUUUUGA